AUGAAGACCCAAACUUGGAUGAUCACCUGCAUUUAUGUUCACCUGCUCUUCGACCUUCUCGUCAAAACUGCAGGGGUCUGCACCAGCCGCGUAACCGACGAUGUGAAUGACAUUACAAAACUGGUGGCAAAUCUCCCCAAAGACUAUAAGAUAGCGCUGAACUAUGUCCCCGAGGUGGACACUUUGCCUAGUCACUGUUGGAUAAGUGACAUGGUGGAACAGUUGUCCGUCAGCCUGACUGAUCUCCUGGACAAGUUCAGCAAUGUUCCUGGAAGCUGGAGUAAUUACUCCAUCAUAGACAAACUUGUGCAAAUCGUGGAUGACCUGGUGCAGUGCAUGGAAGAACACCUCUUUGAGAAGGUCCAGAGGUCGUCCGAGAGCCUGGAACCCAAGCUGUUGACCCCUGAAGAAUUCUUUGGAAUUUUUAGUAGAUCCAUCGAUGUCUUCAAGGACUUGGAGAUGGCACUGUCUGAACCUAGUGACUGUGUGGCUUCUUCAGCAUCAGGUCCUGAACAUGGUUCCAGAGUCAGUGUGGCAAAACCGUUGAUGCCACCUCCUGUCGCCGCCGCCUCCCUUAGGAGCGACCGCAGGGCAGCAACAGGAAGGCCUGGCAUUCCCGUGGAGCCCCCCGCCUAG